CUCGACUGCGUCUGUCGAGCGGAACAGUUCUCUUCGUCGGCUUUGAAAUUCAACUGCCGUCAAAUUAUCGAAGCAUUUAUUGUAAACACUGUGUUGUGAAACGAAGUCUGACGUUAUCGUUUGGCUAUGUUGUUGGAUGUCCAUUUCCGAACAAACGGCUUAAAAGGGUAGCAAACUUUGUCGAGGGAAGUAGUAUUAGCUAAGCUAGCGAGCUAGCCAAAGUAACAUGCCGAAUUUUUGCGCGGCCCCGAACUGCACACGGAAGAGCACGCAGUCGGAUUUAGCCUUUUUUCGUUUUCCAAGGGACCCUGAGAGAUGUCGAAUAUGGGUAGAGAACUGCCGCAGGGCAGACCUGGAGGCCAAAACAGUAGAUCAGUUAAACAAGCAUUAUAGAUUAUGUGCCAAACACUUUGACCCAUCACUGGUGUACAGAACAAGCCCUUACAGGACAGUGCUGAAGGAUACGGCUAUUCCCACCAUGUUUGAUUUGACCAUCCGCCCACGGAGUCUACGUGACAAGCAUCACAAGCAGAUUAAAGAACUUACGGAGGAGGACUUAAAACGAAUUAAGGAAAGGAGAUUGGCAGCUUCUGCUGCAUCCAAAAAAGAAGCUGCCGUUGAGGAAGGCACAAGCGCCAAUGGAGGCGAGCCCCAGCUGUCCACAGAGGAGAAGGAGCUUCGCUGUUACCUGAGGUCUUUGUUUGAGGUCAUAAUCAUGCUGGCGAAGCAGAGCAUCCCACUGGACACGUCCAAAGUCUCAGCGAGCGAGAACGUGUCCAACAACUUUCAAGCCCUGUUGGAUUACCGCAUAAACGCUGGAGAUGAGGCACUGAGGAAGCGCUUUGGGGGGGCUGCUGUUAACGCGGAGUACCUCUCCUCAACACAGCUGGGCCAACUUCUGGAUGUGUGUGAGAACACAGUGAGGGAGGAGAUGCUCAUGGAGGCAAGGGAGAGUCGUAUCUUCUCACUAGUUACAGCCGACCUGGUCGACUUUGGCAACGAGAAGCACCUGCCGCUUUUCCUGCGCUUUGUUAACCAGCAGAAUAUCCUCCGGGAGGAGUUUUUGGACUUUGUGCCAUUCAACGGCGACGAAGUGGCACUGGUGGAGAGGCUGGAGGCGCAGCUGACCGAGCGUUGGGGGCUCAGCAUGGAGGAUUGCCGCGGUCAGGCCCACAAGGUCACAGGGGCAUCUGCCACCAAGAUGAAGGCCGUGGCGGUGCUCCUGACGGAGAAGUACCCACUGGCCUUUCACAUGCCGUGCUCGCGCAUGGCACUCAACAUCCACCUGGCCAACAGUCUCCCUUUCCCCAAUGUCCAGAUCCUCAUGGAGACGCUGAGGAGGCUCCGCAUCUUCUUCAAAAGACCAGGUGCACACACGCAGCUGGAGAAGGCGAUAUCCACUCACUAUCAGAAGAACGAGGACAAAGCUGCGGUGCUAACACAAGCCUCUUGCAGCGGCUGGACAGAGCAACAUAACGUCUUUGACGUAUUGCUCGACAUCCUGGUACCGCUCAUAUACUGCAUGGAUGCCAUUCACAACAACGCAGACGACGUAUUUGACAGCGCUGUGAUAGCCGAUGCACUUUCCCUCGCCGAAAUCCUUGCCGACUUUGAGAUGGUGAUGACUGUGAUCGUGCUGAAGAAUGUCCUCACGUUCACCAGAGCGUUCGGCAGGAAUCUCCAAGGCGACACUCAAGAUGCAUUUUGUGCUGCCAACAGCUUGACUGCGGUCAUGCAUUCACUGAACGAGGUCAAUGAUAACAUUGACAUCUACCAUGAGUUCUGGUACGAGGAGGCUGUGAGUGUGGCCACUUCCGUGGAGAUUCCGGUGCGUGUCCCGAGGCUUUUUAUUCAGAGGCAGCGUGCGGCCGACAUGGGAGAGAUCCAAACUGAGGCCUACUACAGGGAGUAUGUGACGCUCCCCAUCAUCCACAGCGUCAUGCAGGAAGUGGAGGAGAUGUUCUCUGAGGUUAAUGUCAAAGCCCUCAAAUGUCUCUCGCUCGUGCCGGCCAUCAUGGGCCAGAUGAAGUUCAACACCACCGAGGAGAAUGACGCCAAUGUUUACCACAACGACCUGCCCAAUCCCGAGACACUCCCCGCCGAGCUCCACUGCUGGAGGAUUAAGUGGAAGCACCGCGGCAAGGAGGUGCGCCUGCCCACCUCCAUCCACGAGACGCUGCAGCUGCCCGACAUCAAGUUCUUCCCCAACGUCAACGCUUUCCUCAAGGUGCUCUCCACGCUGCCCGUACUGAAGUUGGAGGAGCAGCUGGGCGAGGCGGCAGGCACACGGCUGCAGGCCUACCUGGACAGCGUGCCGGUCGGGCAAUGGAACCGAAGCCUCGCCGUACUCCACGUCAACGCCGAAGUCAAGCCUGACUUGGAUGUCAUGGUGGACAAAUACUGCAGACUGUACCCAGAGGAUGAGCCUGAACUGGAGGCCGAAUCUGAGGUGGUACCUGAGGAGGAAGCCAUGAAGUGAAACACAAUUCAUCCUUUUAUUUCCUAUAACUGUAAUAAUCAUGGCCAAAAUCUUAGCAAUGCUGUAUAAAUUAGGCUGAUUUGGUUGUAUUCCAUACAGGCAUGGUCAAAAACACUUUGGCAUGCCAAUAUUUUUGGCCAUGACUGUACCUUUAGUGUAUUUAAACAUCUGACAUUUGCUUUUAAUGUGUGACGCCAGCAAGGGAACAACAUUGUGAAUUCUCACAUUACAUAGGGAGAAGUAUUUUUGAUACAACUCUUCUCCAGAGAGUGUGGCUCGUGAGUUUAUGCAGAGGUAUUGAUCAGUGACAGAGCUGUUAAAUAAAUAACACAUGUUCUUGACUACCAUCGAUCUGGAAGUUUAAUAACCCCUUUCUGUACGGUUUCAUUUUUAAACGCAGUUGUCGUAGGAAGACCACCAGAGGGAGCCACCUCAACAAAAACUAAACUACCAACGUAUUAGGUACACCUUGUAAAUACAACAGGCAUGGUGCAGUUCAUACCACAUUUUACUGAGUUGUUUGAUUUAAACAUAUUCUGCAGGCAGUGUAACAAUACUGAUGUUACUGACAGGUAUUUAUACUUACAACUGUUACUGUGCUUGAUUAGUUUGUCCUCUUUCCUGGAUUGAUAUUUGAAAA